AUGGUCGAUCUGGUGGAUAUCUUCUUCCGUGGUCUGAGCGUCUCGGUCGUCUCCUUCCUCUUAAACUCUCUCCUGGAGCUCCGCAAGGCCAUGUCCAUGGCGGUGGAAUCCUCCUCUCCUCCCCCGGUACCUUCCCCCGGCCCAUGGAAGAGAUUCUCUGAGGCCCUUCCCCUGGUUUCCAAGAGACACAAGGCUACUCCUCCAGUCUCAGACGAAGGCGGGGGAGCCGCCGAGUUGCACCGGCGGCGGAGGCCGACGAGGAUCGCCAUACCGGCGGCCGACGUGGGUUCUGCGUUUCCCGACGGGGAUACUGUGGAUUCUGAGGAGGAUAGAGAGUUCCAUCUCCAGGAGAGGUGCUAUUCCGUGGCGAGCAGGAGGGGUAACAGGAGGGUGAUGGAGGACGGCUAUGGAGUCAUCACCAACAUCCGGGGAGACCCGAAACAGGUAAGACGAUGACGACUAAGGCAUCAAUGUUCUUCUUCUUCGCUAUGUGACUAAAAAUGGAAAGAAAUGGAUUGUUCCUCGGCUGCAGAGACAUGUCUUGGACAAUCAGAGAAGCACUUUGAUUGAAAGAUAUUAUCUUUUUUUCUUAUUGGACAAAAAAGAUCGCCUGUUUUUCUUAGAAGUUGAUCUCUUGCAGGCAUUCUUUGGCGUGUUCGACGGCCAUGGAGGGCGAGCAGCUGUAGACUACGUCUCCAAGAACUUGGGAAAGAACAUCGUAGCAGCCCUUGAAGAUCUAGAACAGAAGGGGAAUGGAGACCCGGAAACAGCAAUAGUCCGAGGAUAUCUCGCCACCGACGAAGGGUUCCUGAGCCAGGUACGAAUCGUCGAAUCAUCCGUCCCGGGGAAGAAAACUCUGAUCUGAUCAGAUAAAAUGUGAAUCUAGUUUCAUUGACCUACGACUGAGUCAAGAAGGAAGACUAUAAAUCUACGAAUCGACGACUCCCUGCGAGAGUUUGAAUCAAGAAGGGAAACAUUUUACGUGAGAGAUAAUUAGUCAAACGUUGACGGUGUUCUAAAUGGCAGGCCGUUGGCAGCGGGGCAUGCGCCGCAACCGUGCUGCUCAAAGACGGCGAGCUGCAUGUGGCGAACGCUGGCGACUGCAGGGUAGUGGUGACCAGGAACGGCGUCGCCACCGAGCUCACGACGGACCAUCGCCCGGAAAGAGAAGACGAGAGGACCCGCAUCGAGAACUCGGUGAGUUGCGCAUCGAUAAAUAUUAGAUUUUGAUACGAUCGGAGAAGUUUACAGAUUAUGUUUCAAGGUGGGUCUAGUCUCACGCGCUGGGCAUCCACAGGGAGGGCUUGUAAGCUGCCACAAUGGUGUCUGGAGAGUCCAGGGCUCCCUCGCCAUCUCUCGGGCCAUCGGAGAUAUUCACCUCAAGGACUGGAUAAUCUCUAAGCCUGAAACGACGAAGCUCGAGCUUACUUCCGACUGUGAGUUCCUGAUGAUCGCCUCUGACGGCCUGUGGGAGAAGGUAUUCGCUGGCGAGAACCUCAUUUACCGGAGAUUUCCUGAAAACCCUAAUCAACACUUCGAUGGCCGACAGGUUUCCAUCGAGGAAGCUGCAGAGAUCGUCGCUGAGCACCGGAGCUCGGUGCAGAGCUGCCGGAGGCUCGUCGACAUGUCCUCCGGCCGAGGUUGCAGAGACGACAUCACCGUCAUGGUCGUCGAUCUACGGAGAUUUGUGCGAGGUAGGAAGACGGCGCAGUAG